CUGCUUAUUAGUACUACAUUUAAAUAAUUUAUUCACGAGUGGAUGAGUUUCUAACAAAAUAGGCAAUAAGAUGAUGCGAUUGCUGCAGUCUCGUGCCACACUAUCGGUGACUACCGCAACGGCCACAGCAACAAAGAGUAAUUUGAUAACGGCUAAGGAUGGAGCGACAAAGCCAUUGAUUAGAUGGCGUCAUCAUGGCAAAGUGAUUGCCAUACGACGGGAGGAUCAAUCCGUGUGGGAAAGACGUGCGCCUUUUGGGCCAUCGCACGUGCAAAAAUUGGUGAAAAAAGGUGUCAAAGUGAUUGUGCAGCCCUCGAAUAGACGCGCCUAUCCCAUGCAGGUGUACUUGCAUUCUGGCGCUACUGUACAGGAGGACAUUAGCGAGGCUUCUGUGAUAUUUGGUGUCAAACAGGUGCCGAUCGAUGCCCUCAUACCAGGAAAAACAUAUUGCUUCUUUUCGCAUACUAUUAAAGCACAGGAGUCAAAUAUGCCAUUGCUGGAUGCUGUUUUGGAGAAAAAUAUCCGUUUGAUUGAUUACGAACGUAUAGUGGACGAGCGUGGCGCGCGUCAAGUAGCAUUUGGCAAGUACGCCGGUGUAGCGGGCAUGGUCAAUAUCCUACAUGGUGUUGGAUUGCGGCUCCUGGCGCUGGGUCAUCACACGCCUUUUAUGCACAUCGGCCCGGCGCAUAAUUACCGUAACUCGUCAAUGGCGCGCCAAGCAAUACGAGAUUGUGGCUAUGAAAUCUCAUUGGGCAUGAUGCCUAAGUCCAUUGGCCCGUUGACAGUUGUGUUCACUGGUUCGGGCAAUGUGUCGCAAGGUGCGCAGGAGGUGUUCCAGGAAUUACCCAUAGAAUAUGUGCCGCCUGAGAUGCUGCGCAAGGUAGCUGAGCAUGGCAGUCAGAAUAAAUUGUAUGGAUGUGAAGUAAGCCGGACGGAUCACUUGGAGCGACGUGAAGGUGGUGGCUUCGAUGCACGGGAAUAUGAUGAGUUCCCUGAACGUUAUAUCUCUACAUUCAGCUCGAAAAUUGCGCCCUACGCCUCGGUGAUUAUCAAUGGUAUUUACUGGGCGGUGGGUAGUCCGAAGCUGAUUAGUAUACCGGAUGCUAAAAAUUUACUUCGACCAGCGAAUACACCUUGGUUGCCCACAAGUAAAGGCAGUCCUGCACUACCACAUCGCAUGUUGGCUAUCUGCGAUAUCUCUGCUGAUCCGGGCGGCUCCAUUGAGUUCAUGAACGAAUGCACCACCAUCGAUACGCCUUUUUGUUUGUACGAUGCAGAUCGUAACAAGGAUAUGAAGAGUUUCAAAGGCCCGGGUGUUUUGGUAUGCUCAAUUGAUAAUAUGCCGACACAGCUGCCGCGCGAGUCGACCGACCUUUUUGGAGAACUGAUCAGCCCCUUUGUGGAUGAUAUAAUCAAAAGUGAUGCCAAAAAGCCGCUGGAAGAGGAGAACUUCUCAUAUCCCAUCAAAUCGGCAAUCAUCGCUAGCAAUGGAAAACUGACAGAUAACUUCCAGUACAUACAGGAGCUGCGUGAAUCCAACAACUACCGUUCCCGUCACAAGAUUGAAGGUCGCCUGGAUACGGACAAAAAUGUGCUUGUGCUGGGUGCUGGCAUGGUUUCAGCGCCGCUGGUCGAAUGGCUAGCACGCGAGAAAGACGUCUCAAUUACUGUUUGCUCGGCGCUCAAAGAGGAAGCUGAUCGACUCGCCAAGGAUUACAAUGGCGUCGACAGUGUCUAUCUAAAUGUCACCGAGGGUAUCGAACAUUUGCAAGAGUUGUGCGCCAAAGCAGAUGUUGUCAUCUCAUUGCUGCCUUACAGCCUGCACAGCAUGGUGGCCAAAUGCUGUGUGGCCGAGAAGACACACAUGGUGACGGCAAGCUACUUGAAUGACGAAAUUAAGGAGCUUCAUGAGGAAGCGCGUCGCAAUGGUGUUACCAUCAUGAAUGAGGUGGGUCUCGACCCAGGCAUUGAUCAUCUGCUCGCAUUGGAAUGCAUCGACGAGGUGAAGGACAAGGGUGGUGUCAUUGAAUCGUUUGUUAGCUUCUGUGGCGGUCUACCUGCGCCUGAGCACUCAGGCAAUGCACUGCGUUAUAAAUUCUCUUGGUCACCGCGCGGAGUGCUGCUAAACACCUUAUCCGCGGCGAAGUAUUUGAGCAGAGGUCAAAUUGUGGAGAUAUCUGGUGGCGGCGAUUUGAUGUCAAAUCCACGAAGUCUAAAUUUCCUGCCCGGUUUUGCGCUAGAGGGUUUCCCGAAUCGCGAUUCCACAAAGUACGCAGAGCUCUAUGGACUAGGCAGAGAUGUGCAUACACUGUUGCGUGGCACCAUUCGCUACAAAGGAUUCUCCGAGUGUGUGCAGCCGAUGCAGUUGCUUGGUUUGAUUGAUCCCGAACCGCAUCCAAUGUUGCAUCCGCACGGACCGGAGGUAACAUGGCGCCAAUUGGUGAUUAAUAUGUUGGGCAUGUCCGAUUCGAGCAUCUUCUAUGAGAAUUUAAAGCAAAAACUGGUCGAACGCAUUGGAGAUGCCGAUGGCAUCGAGAGUCUUGGACUGCUGGAAGAUACACCGGUGGUAAAGAUGAACACGCCAUUGGAUACGCUAAGUCACUACCUCGCAAAGCGUUUGGCAUUCGAAUCUCACGAACGUGACUUGGUUAUACUGCGUCAUGAAGUGGGCAUACGCUGGCAGGAUGGCCGUCGGGAGGAGCGUGGUAUCAACUUUGUUGUAUACGGCCAACCUGGUGGGCAUUCAGCAAUGGCCCAGACCGUAGGCAAACCGGCGGCAAUAGCGGCCAAAAUGAUUUUAGAUGGUGAAAUACAAGAACGCGGUGUAUGUCUGCCGUUCACGCCCGACAUCUAUCGGCCUAUGUUGCAGCGGCUACGCGCUGAGGGCUUAACAGCCACGGAGACAACUAGAUUUUUAAACUAACUAAAUAUUUUCUACUUCUAAUGAAAUAUAAUUUUACGUACCAAAUUGCUUUAGUAUAUCUACAUAAUUUACACGAUUUUAGUAAAAUAAAAUGUUCGAAAAAUAUU